AUGGAGCAGGAUUAUAAAUACCUCGGUUGGAAGGAUUUCGGUGUUGAGUAUUUGGAGAAUAAUUGUGACAAAGUCAGAAAAGUACGCUUCGCUUCAUGGUUCGGCCGUACAAUUAACGCAAAUAGCGGGCGAUAUGGUUCUAUGAGCGACACGUUUCAAAUAUAUAAGCUGGCUUGCGAGAAAGCUUUACGUCGCUCUGCCAAAUCUAGUAGUAUUCUACGAGAAGCUUAUGAAGGAUUUUCUAAGAUUCCCGACAACAAGCAGAGAACGCAAUAUUUAUCAACGGUAGAGGCUAUGGAAUCAAUGGUUUCUCUUAAAUUCGUAAGCCCAACAGAGGAGAAUCCUGUCUUCUCAAACAAGAAAAAAAUUGGGAAACGAUUGAAUGAUUUAAUUCGAGAUGAGACGACCCGCUCGUUGCUAUUAUAUGAGUUGAGGGACCUCUUUGAAUCCUUCGAUGCCAGCAGUAUUGAAUGGAACGAUCCACUUAGCUUUGGUUGUAUCGUUGAUCGAAAUUCAGACAUAAUUUUUGGAAAGUUGCCGGAAGAGCAAAAGAGGAAUUUAAGAGAAAUCAUAAAUUUGGCAUACGAUCAAUAUGAAACAAGCCCCGUUAUUUCCGAAUUGGUUAAAGUCCUUUUAGAAAAAUCAAAGAGCUUGAAUAAAAGGGAAAUGAUGGUUUCGCUCCCGCCCAUAUCAGCAGAUUUCCAAGGAAAUGAUGAAGAAUUUGAAGACAUAUGCCUGAUGCAUAGGAUCAUAGAUUCUGUUCGACAUAUCUGGUGCUACUUUAAUGACGAAAACAAGGCCGAAUACACCGAGGGGACAUAUAUCGUCCGCAUAGUGUCCAACUUUCUUGAUCCACUGUUUUGCUACGAAAAUACCAAACUUAAAAUUAUCUGGGCCGAAGAAGUCUCGGAGGCAUCUCAACGUCGGAUGGAUGAUUCUGGAGAAAUUAGAAUUGGACACAAACCCGAUUUUCGUGUGAAAUCUCCACUGGUUGCCGGUGAAGUGGAAAUCUGUCUCAUGGAGGCCUCACGUGUUCUUCCGACCGAUAAAAAGAUUCGUGAUGAUUGGGAUAAGUUGGUCAAGCUUAUGAAAGAUGCUCAUGUGCGAUUACUGAGGAAGCUUACUAGAGAGAGGGUUGGAGAUGUGAAGGAAAUAGAAGAAGAUCUUAACAGAGUUCCAGUUUUUGGUAUUCAAGUUGCUGGAGGAACCAUGGCAUGUUGGGUUAUGACUAUGCCAUUUGGAGCCUUUUACUUUGUUCAACGUCUUGGUUCAGUGCAAAUUCCCAUUAAUCGAGGCCAAUCUUCACUUGCCGGAUUUAUGGAUGAAUUAUGGAAGUUAAGGCAUAGAACUCAACCCGAGACUCGUAAGAUGACCACAGAAGAGAUUCGAAAUUAUAUUACGUUUGAAUGGAUUUCGGACGAUUUUCUACCAAGUGACCUUAAACCAAAUAACCUUCAGCAUUCUUCUGUCUACACGGAUCCUCGAUUUACCUUUCAAGAAAAAUUUCUCGAAAAAAGAUGGCAAAGAUUGGUCGUUCGGGAGUUACUUAACCAAAAGAUACUUCCAUCAAAUAGUGUAAAAACUGGCACCUUUACUCUUGAUUUCAAUACGCUUUCUAAUGAUCAUCUUAGUAUAGUUUCGGAUAUAAUUCAAAAGAAUUUAUAUGAGGGGGAGUUUAACGAUAACGAGAAAUCCUUACCACCGCAAAGUAUCCAGCAAAUUCCAACUUCCUCAGAAAUACCAACAAAUUUUAUGGAAUUGUUAGAGUCAGAGGUUUUCAAUCACACUAGUUUAGAUCCUGCUUCGUAUAAGAAUCCUUCAGCAUUAGUAAAACCUUCUCCAGAUAAAUUAUUGUGGAAAAAUUUCGCUCUUUGGGGGUGUUUCGUAAUUGGACCUAAUUUUAUUCAACAACUUCGUCGCCAUUGCCGUCAUCUCUGGUUUCGGGUGAAUCUUACAUAUCAACAUGUCGAAGCUCAAGAUAAAUCGCUAGAAAGAUAUAUACACGAAACAAUUUUACGACACCCGAGUGAUAAACUCUAUAUUGCCGAAGAAUCUACAAUGACCGUUGCAAGGGGUAUUAAUCUUAAGGGUUAUCAACAUAUUUUCAAUCCACAAUGCUUCGUGAAUACUUUUGGGGAGACCGUGGUGGAUUUUUUUGAUCUUAAUAAUCAAGUAGCCGUAGAAGAUGUUAGAAUGUCGAUAGCAAUAACCUUACCAUAUACCACUGCAAACACCGCAUCCUCUCACUGCGAAGAACACCAAAAAUGCGUUCAAGAAUUGAUAGAAGGUCUUCAACCACUGUCCGGUGUAGUUAAUAAGUAUUUCGAACACACUUACCCCGCUUUAUAUUUCAAGAUGAAGAAACUAGAUCUUGGGCCAAAUGUUCCCAAAUCUUUUGGCGUUUUUCCCACAGUUGCAGUUAAUUUCAAUAUAAUUUGUCAAUUCCACCGUGAUAUGAAGGAUCACCGAAACACCCUCUGUGUAGUUUGCCCGAUUGGAAAAUUUGAGGGUGGAGAAUUAACAUUUCCGGAAUUAAACGCAAAUUCGGCUCUCUAUUCGCUGAGUUGGGAUAAAGAUGAGGUCGAGCAAUCACCAAAAUAUCUCCCACCAACGUUAGAUUCUGGAGGUUCUCGAAUGAAACCAAAAAAUCAUAGACGAACGAAUAUAG